UUGUUAAUGAAUCGUCGGUGGCCGUGCUUCGAGCUGCGUCCGACGCGUGGCUAAAAGUUCCGCUCCCUCGCGCCCUCUCACGAGGAACCGGUGUCGCAAAUACUGUCAAACUGAGAUGUAACGAGGGCGCAUCAAUAAUAUAUGACAAUAAAACAUAACUAUGUAACGUAUACAAUUCUAAAGAUAGAAUAAAUGCUUUGUGUACAGAGAAGACAAUACGAUUUUAAUUCCACGAAGAGAAUAAUGAACGAAAUGUGAGAUAGAUCUGGCUGAAAUCAGAUGUCUGUUGACAUUAUGGCUACGGAAGCACUGAGGCGAACUCGAACCGUUUCCAUGGAAACCGGAGGGCUCCCAUUGGCUACGUUUGCACUUCUCACUAUCGUGGCUGGUCAGCUCCAAGGCCCGGGAUAUAGUGAGCCUGAGCCAGAAUUUCUCGCCCCGCUGGAUAAUAUUACUGUCGCUAUGGGACGUGACGUGCGCUUCACCUGUACUGUCAAUCAUUUGGGCACUUACAAGGUGGCCUGGUUAAAAUCGGACACAAAGGCCAUUCUAGCGAUGAAUACUCAUAUGGUGAACAUCGAUUCUCGCCUGUCAGUCACACACAACGGACACAACACUUGGAAGCUGUAUAUAAGUAGCGUCGAGCCCAAGGACUCGGGGACUUAUAUGUGUCAAAUCAACACAAUUCCAAUGAAGAGUCAGAUAGGCCUCCUAUCGGUGGUAAUACCUCCCGACAUAGCAGACAGCGAGGGUUCAGAAGCCAGUGCUGUUGAGGGAGGAUCAGUGGAACUAAAGUGUCAAGCUAAUGGUGUACCUGAACCUUCUACAGCGUGGAAGCGAGAGGGCGGACGAAAUAUCAUCUUCCGAGAUGAAAAUGGGAAUGAAGAGAAAGUGGUGGAAAGUUACGUGGGUCCAAGCCUGUUACUGAAGGGGCUUAGACGAGCUGACAUGGGCACUUAUUGGUGUAUAGCGUCGAAUGGGGUGCCGCCCAGGAAAAGCAGGAAAUAUGAGGUCAUUGUACUUUUUCCGCCGCUGGUUCGACCGGCAACUGUGGUCGUGUGGCGAAUGGUGGACAUGCAAGUAACAUUACAAUGCUACGUCGAGGCAUCGCCUAAAUCCCUGGCAACAUGGCAACGUGGGAAAUCACAUACAGGUGCGAAGCUACUGAACAGCUCGAAAUAUAUUAUAUCUGAAGACAAUAAAUAUAACAAUCAGAAUAAGUUCGCAGUUCGGAUGAAUUUGACAAUAAAUCGCUUGAAAAGGAACGAUUUUGGUGACUACACUUGCUCCGCUGUGAAUGCUUAUGGAAGAGCUAAUGCUACGAUCACCUUGAAAGAAACGCCACAGAAAACCACGACAACUACGACGACGACUACAACAACUACAACAACACCGCGACCAACAACAACAAUACGAACAACGACCCGCCCGCCGAAACGACACCUCAAAAAACAACAAAGUCAAAACGCGUUGGAUAUGGAAAAUAACCACGUAGGCGUAAACGCACUAAACUUUUACAACAUAAACAUGUAUGGAACACCGAACAGUAGCCAAUCCCAUCACAAUGAAUACAGCCAAAGAGUUGAACGACAAAAAGUUCGACCGUCAGGCCCUCCACGGCAUUACGUAGUGUAUAACAAUGGUAUACGUCUUGUAUACAAAUAUAUAUUUAUAUUCGUCAAUUUAUUAUUGAUUGUAUAAUUAUACAUUAUUAGUUUAGUAAAACGAUGGCUGUUAAAAUUUUGAGCAUUGUUGUAAUUCAAUGUUAUUGUUACAAUGUAACGAAUUCUUUAGAUUAUUAAAAUUAGAUGUGGUGUAACAAUAAUUUAUUGUAGCUGGUUUUUAAAACAUAUAAACUUUUGUAUACAUUUGACCAGAAAAUUUAAUGGAAAUUAAAAUGUUUUGUUUGCAUCGUUAGAUUGCAAACUAUAGUAAGGUAUAUAAUUCAAAAUAUUGAAAUACUUGUACUUUAAAUAUGCAUAAAUAUAUCAUGAUUGGCAUAUCAUUAUGCUAAAAUAUGCAAUAUAAUUGAAAUUGUUCGUGAAUUUUUAAAAACGUUUAGGUACAGAUUUAAAACUGUUCAGUAAGGCUAGACUCAGUCGAGACUUAGCGCUAAGUACCACUCCCAUAUGCUAAAUCCAAUAAGUUUUUGACACGGAAAUCAUACCUAGCGUUGAGUUUUGACUCUGAGUGACUAUUAGCCAU